AUGGAAAAAGAACUAUUUCCUAACACUGAUAUGGCAGAAACUUAUUCAAGCGAAACGCUUAAUUUUACUACGCAAGAUGAAACUACCGUGCAAUCAACUACGAAACUCGAUGAAAUUAACAUAAAUAAUAAUUCUGAAUCGGAUGGUGACGUGACAGGAAUUUACUCAAGCGAUAUGUCCAACUUAACUACACCUGAAGACUCCGCAAUACAACCAGUUACAACACUAAAAGAUGAUAUGUCAACUAUGGAACUCUAUGAAUUUGAAACCGACGCAAAUGAUAAAAAUUUAUCUAGUUCUUCAUCCAGUACAAUAAAUAUUAAAGAUUGUCAAAAUUCAAUUAAAUCUCCAUGUUCAGCAUUAUUAAAUGAUGAAAAAAUGACUGAAACGAAUAACAAAGUUAAAUUCAUACGGAUAGUGUCAACUGAUUUAGGUGUACAAUAUAUUGAAACUGAACAAAAUGUUGAGGAUGAUAUAAAUGAUCAAAAUUCCGAUAUCUUUAACAAGCUAAUAAAAUUUGAAGAUGAUGACAUUAAUGAAGAAAAUGAACUUGCAAAAAUUAACGAUGUCGAAAGUUCACAAACUAAAAGCACUUUCAAAGGAAAGAAAAAGGCUGAUAAUACUUCAUAUCUUUCUGGCAAUAAAUUUAACGACACAAAUAUGACCUCAGACGAUGAAUUAUUUGAAGAUGGUGGUAUCGUAACCACUAUUUUUCACGUAAUGAUGCCAAAAUCUUUAAAUAAAAACUCCAUGGUAUUUGUUAUUGGUAAUAUUAAAGAACUAGGGGAAGGGAGAUAUGGUACCAUACAGCUCAAAAUGCACGAGAAAUAUCCCAUGCUUUGGCAUUCUGAUCCUAUUAACAUUUCAAUUUCGAUUCUUAAAAAUAGAUCCAUUCAAUAUAAAUAUUUUAUUUAUGAAGAAAAAGAUUUUUUCACAAAAAUCUUUAGCUUUUUUAAAAAAUCGAUAUUUGAAAAUAAAAUUCCUGAUAUCUAUGUAGAAACAAAAAAUUGGUAUCACGAUGAAAUUGACCGAGAAUUCAUUUCCAAAGAAAAUCAAUAUGAUAUAUGGUUCACUAAUGAAAAUUUUUCUAUAGAUAUAAAAGAUUUAGAAUUGAAAUAUCCUUACUUUUCGAUUAUCAAUCAAUCAGUGACUGAAAUUAAUUUAAAAGAUAAAAUUAUUGAAUAUCAAGAGCUCCGCAGAAGACAUCGAAACUAUCUGAAUUAUAAUAUGUUAGAAUCUUUCAUUUUCAAAGAGUUUAAUACCUCAAGUAUUAUUGAACAAAAAAUAUUUUUAGGCGUGUUGUUGGGUUAUUUGAUAAAAGAGAAAAUUGAUGAAAGCUAUAUGCCGAAUGGAUACAUUCUUCCGGAAAAGUUCCCUUCAAAUGAUAUGUUACAAGCUUUUAAGAAUAUUAACGUGAAUGACUUACCUCAUGGUGUCGUUAAAAUAUUAACACUAGCUGUCUGUACAUUAGUAAACCAUAUUUCAACUUAUUCAGCAAAUUUUGAAUGGAUGAAUGUCUUUGAGAUCGCUCCCAUUGUGGAUCCAGGAUAUAGUUUCCUUAGACAUGUUAAAGUUCCUGUAUAUAGAAAAAACAUAUCAGAGUUUAAGGAAUCUCUCCAAAAUGUUGUAAAGCCAUACAUAGAUAACAUUAAAAAUGAUACUACUUACGCGAAAGUUUGCAAGCGUCUCAUCGUCUUAUGCUGGGAAAUUGAUGCUAUUGUAUUUUUGUGGCAAUCCAUUUUCCGUCCUGGCUUGAAUAAGUAUGAAGGCCUUGAAGAACUUCUCCUUGAUCACUUAAAUUAUUUUAUAUCUAACGAUAAUGCAAGAAAAUUGGAAACGCACCUUGAAGAGAUACCUUAUGAUCUUGACAUCGAUUUCGCCUCAAGAUUUCGUGGAAGAAUUUAUGAAUUAUUAAAUAGUUCUGAAACUGGUUUGGAUAAAAAUAAUAUCAAUUCAAUGUUUGAUUUACUCAAUAAUGAUAAAUUGAAUUGGCAGAAAGAUUCUGCUUUGAGAGCACUAGAGCUUAUUUCAAAUUCGAAGAAUUUCGAAUUGUUGGAAUUAUUUCCGGAACAACUGGUGAAGUUUUGUGAUGCCAUUAGCAUAGAUAUUGAUUUAAAUGAUACGAAAUUCUGUAAUAUUUGUGCUCAAUGGCUCAAUAAUACUUUGAAUCGUAUCGAAAAAGCACGAAAUAAAUCCAAUACAUCAAAUGUAUCCAAACGUCCUGUGGAAAACUUUGCAUGCACUGCUUUUAGUUAUCUUUCAGUAAUAUAUCAAAUUAUGGUAAAAUGUGGUAUCGCGCACGCUCAGCUUUUUAAAACUACAGAAGAAAUAGUAGAUCGUCUUGCAGAUGAUGUAAUAUUUGAUGCCGCUCUUGAUAUUGGAAAUUUUAAACUGCCAGAACUUGUUGAAAUAUUUAGUCAUGUAUUAAAAAGAAGAUUCGGUUCAAAUGUCAAAUAUAGCGAUGACCAAUUAUUGGUUAAGAUUAUAAAAAUUUGUAAAUCCGAAAGACAACAGUUACAUAUUCCAAACGCACUUUGUGAAGAUGUCGUUUCUCACAUUUUAACAAGACUACAGAAAAAUAUACAGAAUGUAGAUAUGGAUGAAAUAGAUGAAAAAGAUAUUAUUGAUGAUGAUCUUCAUAAAUUAUUACUUGCUUCCUCGAAAUUUUGGAUAUACAUUUUAAAGGCCACUGGUUCUGUAGAGUUACUUAAUCAACAUGCGUAUGUGAGAACGGUUCAAUCUACGGAUAAACAAAAUUAUCUUUCUGAUUUAUCAGCAAAAUUAAAAAUGCAAGAAGUAGUUACUCUUGAUGACACAUUUCAAAAAUCUUUUUGGAAAUUUCAUCAACCUAUUUUAGAAGUAGGUCAACGUUCAUAUGCUUAUGGAAAAUCUCAAACAUUUAAAAAUGUUUUUGAAAAAUGUUUAGAAACAAAUGAACCGACCUUGACUGUCAAAUUAAUUGCCACAAAAUAUAUAUUUGUAGCAUUUUCUGAUUAUGAUCGUUUAAGAGCAGAAUAUAAUGAAUGGUCAAAACUUGAAUGUUUAAACAUUAGUCCAUUUUGGAAAGAUGUUAAAAAUAUAGAUCAUGAACUUGAAUUAAUGUCACGAGGUAUGAAAUGGCAACCGAAUGAUGAUAUAAAAAAGGCAAUAAACUGUCUUAUUAAUUUUAAAUCAUGGAAAGAAGGACUUGAAGAUUUGGAAAGAACUUUGGGUGCUUUUAGAGUACAAAAUGUAACAGAAAGUUGGGUGAUCGAUAUACGUAAUAUGUUACUCAAAGAACCUUUAACUCUUUUAGAUUUAUCUAAAAUCUCUAAUAUAACGAAUAAGUAUAUUUAUGAUUUUAAUGAUAACUGUUGGGCAAUGAUAGGUGCAUUAUCUUAUGCUGGAGAUUUUAUUUCUUGGCUUCAAAUGAUUGCAGAAGGUGAUUUAAGAAAUUUAAUUAACGGAGUCGACGAUAAACGUGAAAUUCAUGAAGAAACUGUUGCUUCAUUAAUCGAAGUUAAACAAUUCUUGAAACCUCUUAUGAAUGAUAUGGUAAAACUUUCUAAAGAAGGAAAAUCGACGCAUAUUAUCAUAACUAAAUUCUUGGAUCACAUUCGUGAAAUAAAUUUGAAGAAUGAAUCUUUGCAUGAAAAAAUUUCACAUUGUUGUUCAAGCAAUAUUGCUCUUCAAAAUAUAUACUUUAGUAUAGUUAAUAGAGGAGAAGCAACUAAAGAACGUAUUAGAGAUGCUGCUACGAAAGGUUUAUACAAAUUUUAUCGUGAUAAAGACCAUGAUAAAUGUAUAGUAAAUUUGCACUGCCAGGACAAAUCCGGAAAAAUAAAUUCUUAUGAUCUUUCAGACCUACAAGAUUUACAAGGACAAGCCCUUUUGAUUGCAAAGCAAGCAGCAUCAGCUUUUGUUUUACGGUUACCAGUUGGAAACGAAAAUAGUCUAGAACAAGGAACCAAAGAACUGAUGGAAUUUGUCCAUCAAAUAGAUACAGUACAUCAGAUCAUAAAAUAUACUUCUAAAUUAAUGGAAUUGGGUCAUUUUGCCUAUAGAGAAUGGA